ACAUGACCAUCUUCCUGCUUCCUUGUGUCCACGCAGGCCCAUCAAGAGAGCCUCGACAGCAGCUCAGACUGGAAGCGCAACCCGCUCCUCUUCUCCAGCAAGAAGAACAAUACAAGAUGGCGGCGGUUACCGCUGUCGGCCUGCAGAUCGCCACGGGCGUACUCAUCACGUAUCCGUGGGAGGUGAUCGAGACGACAUACAAGGUCACUUACCAACCCAAGCGAUCGGACCAGGCCGUCGCCGACGAAAAGACCUCGAAUUUGGCUACAGUGUCGAAAUACACAAACAGCUGGAAUGUCGCGAGCCGCAUUGUCCAAAAAGAAGGCUACCUCGGCUUGCUGCGCGGUCUGCUUCCCUCCUUCACUCUCACUGCGCUAUACUCCUUCUCGCUGGACCUUUUGUCGCAAGCAGCCUUCCAGACCAUACAGGUUAACACCCCGUUUCAGUUCCUCAUCCUGCGCGAAUCGACCACUGCGUUCACACGCGCCGCCUUCUCGCCUCUGACGACGCUCGUCACACGUUUCAUUGCCCGGCCAGAGGCGCGCAGAGUCGUACCGGGGCCGCUGGCAUUCCACCCGGGAGCGAUUUACCGAGCCUGCACCUCCGAUGCCGAGUCCGGUGCAGAUGCUGGGAAGAGUGGCUCGCUCAAGGCACUGUACACAUACAAUCCACGUGUGAUGCUCCUGGAAGCGUCUGCGUCCCUGACGGCCGGCCUGGCCAACUCGCUGCUCGUCCCGCCGCUAGUGCAGCUGCUGUACACAUUCGGCUCGGGCUCGUUCCUACAGUUGAACAGCGAGGGAUGGCAGCAGGUCGGCAUGCUGGCGUGCGUCGCUAGCACCGGCGUGCUCGCCCGGCUCGUCAACUUGGCACUUGACACGGUGUCGAAGCGUCUGCAGGUGCAGGCAUCGCACGGGUCGGACGACGGGAUCGUCUGCCUGCGCCCGAUGCCCUACCGCGGUAUUCGUAACGCGUUUGCGCGCAUCGUCGAGGAGGAAGGUGCCACAAGCCUCUUCCGCGGUUGUGGACUGUAUGCGCUCAGCUCGACUACGCUUGCGGGGCUCAGCGUGCUGGUCGCCGUCGCCGAGGGGCAAGUAUAGGCAAAUGAGAGCUGGCCACAAAAGACGGCAGACAAGUAGCCGCCACAAGCACUGUUCCCAGCUCAUGUCAUUACACAACAUGUAUCAUACCUGCCAAAUGCGUCGAC